AUGGCACAUUUGCACAUACAUAAUUAUCUGUCAGUCACCUCCUGCCAAUCUAUCAAAAUAUGCAUCGUCAUAGUUGCACAUUCUCUGUCAAGUACUCAUUUAAGUCUGAACUUAUGUUUUUAUUUUUCACAGAACACGAGGGAAACUGCAUUUGCUAUCAGAAAGUUGCCCCUAGUCAAGGCAAAGAGGUAUUUGGAGGAUGUUCUGGCCCACAAGCAGGCCAUUCCCUUCCGCCGUUUCUGUCGUGGUGUUGGGCGUACUGCUCAGGCAAAGAACAGGCAUUCCAAUGGACAGGGACGCUGGCCUGUCAAAUCUGCCAAGUUCAUAUUAGAUUUGCUUAAGAAUGCUGAGAGCAAUGCUGAAGUGAAGGGUUUGGAUGUUGAUUCGCUAAUCGUAUCUCACAUCCAAGUCAACCAAGCACAGAAGCAAAGGCGCAGAACCUACAGGGCUCACGGAAGAAUCAACCCAUAUAUGUCAUCCCCCUGCCAUAUUGAGCUGAUUUUGGCCGAGAAGGAAGAGCCUGUCAAGAAAGAGCCUGAGAGCCAGUUGGCAACUAGCAAAUCUAAGAAGUCUCAAGCUCUUCGAAGUGGUGCUUCCUCUUAAAGUGUCACAAGAAAUCGAAGAGGCAUUAUCGAUUCAUCGUUUGCAUUGAUAUGGUUUUUGGCUGCUUUUUAUAUAGUUUGAGAUGUUGUGUAGACAAUUUUUGGAACUCUGUGUUUUAGUUUCAGAUUAUGUUUGUUUUGUUGGAGAAUAUGCUUGAAAGUCGAUGUUUAUCAUAAUUAGACCCCAUCAAUAUCAUGAGCCUUUUAUAUA